AUGAAGAGUCUAUUUCAGGAAAAUCAGCUCGUAAUCUUCUGUGAUGAUACAACUCCUCGAUACACAACCUGUAUGUGCGUUCUGGAUUACGACACUGUGGUUGUUGGAGAUAAAUUUGGAAAUAUCAGCAUACUUCGUUUGCCAGAAAAGAUCAACGAGGAUAUUCAGGAGGACCCUACGGCUCAUCGAUCACUUUGGGACCGCGGAGCAUUGAAUGGAGCCUCUCAAAAGCUUGAACUUCAAACUGUCUUCUACGCAGGUGACAUGAUCACCUCGCUGCAGAAAACUUCGCUUGUUCCUGGAGCGAGUGACUGCAUUGUCUACACAACAAUCGGAGGAGCCAUUGGAAUUUUGGUUCCGUUCAUUUCAAAAGACGAACACGCAUUCUUCCAAAAUCUUGAAAUGCACGUACGAUCAGAGUUUCCUCCUUUAUGUGGCCGGGACCAUCUGGCCUUCCGAUCCUACUAUCAUCCAUGCAAAGAUGUUGUUGAUGGUGACUUGUGCGAACAGUUUGGACUCAUGGAUAUUUCGAAACAAAGAGAAAUAUCUGAGGAGUUGGACAAAACUGUCAGUGAGAUCUCUAAAAAACUUGAAGAUAUUAGAACCAGAUAUGCUUUCUAA